UUACAUAAAGUCGUGUCUGCUGAUUUUGACUUGGAAGUGACGACAGUGAUUAUUAUUAUGUAUUGCAAAAUAGCAAAAUAGUCCAGGCCAUAUAUUUGUAUUAUAAUAUUCGAUUCAAAUGUAUAAGGUCAUAUUUAGAAGCCCAAGGUAGCAGCAGAAUGAGAGGUUUUUAAAAAAAAAGGAAGUACAAUCCAUCUACUUAUUUCCUGACAUAUACUGUUUUAUUAUAUUCCAUCUUUACAUCUUCAGUAACCAUGUCUAAACAUCAUAAUGUAGAAGAUCUCAUUCAUACUGCCUAUCAAGUCCAUCUGUGAUAUAAUCUGUUGUUAUCAGAGCUCUAUAUAAAAGAAAAGUCAUUUCAUAACCUAUCAUUGAGUAACCUACACCGGUACGCUUCCACGCGACUUGGCUGCGUCCAAUCAUAGCCCCUCUUACAUUUGGGUAUUGGCCCAGCAGCCUCUCACACAGUUUCCCUGACUGGAACAAACCAUUUCACCUCCCGCACACGGGGGCGUUCGCGGUGUGGAGAACGACAGGAAACGCAGAGGUAGGCACCGUGAUGUCGAAUUCUCUGUAAUUUAUCCUUUCAUGCGACGCACGGAGUGAGCACGAAUGUGCAAAUUGACGAAUGUGCUUUUGUUUUAGGCAUCUAUUAGAGAGCAUCGUUUCGCUUCAUCACGCCUCUCUUGUUUAGAUCCGCACGGAGAGCAGAACCGGUCCCGUGGAAACCGCUACAUGUGUAUUCCGGUGAUUGAUCCCAUGUGUUGCUACAAUGUCGUAAUUUUUCUUUUUCUUUCGGUCAGUCAAAAUGUUAAGUGAAAGGCGGCUUGUGGUCGUUGUAUUGUGUACACAUGGCCACACCAGGAAACCAUGUGGGGGGGGGGGGGGAUGAGACUGUGUGAGGUCACGUUCACUAUAAUAUAAUAAUAAUAUAAUAAUAAAACGAAAAUUCAUCAGCAACCCCUGCAUCAAUAAUGGAAAUAAAAUGACAAAAAUGUGAAAAGAAAUACUAUCAACUGAUCAAAGGUCCUUAUAGAACCAUUAGUGAAAUAUUCAGAUAUUACAGGAGACAACAAAUACUAACAAUAAGUUCAAUUGGAUUUUGUAAACAUAAAUAUAUGUUCAUCUGGUUUAAGUCUGACUAUCGAUAAAUGCUUUCUAAAGUCAAGUAAAAAGAAAUAGGAAUGGAUGAACCUUUUCACAGCAGGCAUUUCGACAGGUGAAAUUAAAGACGCUUACAUUCCUUUCUUGACAUAUACCUGUGUAUACCUGUGAAAAGAUCUGUGUGUUCUUUCACAAACAAAAUAAUUCAUGGCAUGAGAAAUUGCCUCCAAUUUUCCUCAAUGGUCCUUGAGUGUGCUGCAGAGUACAGAUAAAGGACACACGCCCACGUAAUAUUCGUCAUGAGACGCACAUCACAGAUAAGUGAGCCGGCCAAACCAACUGCCAGAACGAACCCCCAAGGUCUUGUCGCACAAUCCCGGCUGCGACGAUGGGCGCGUGGGUGUCUCUUCCGGAACAAGUCAUGGCCGACCAGCUGCGUCCGCAUCAAGGAGACCCGCUGCUGAAUAAACUCAACCAAGGGAGCCUCCCCAACGAGAAAUUAGCCACCAAGGACGGCCUUCACGCCAGGGGGCAGUGGGCGAGCAAGGCUGAGUUCCUCCUGGCUGUGGCGGGGCAGAUCAUCGGCCUGGGCAACGUCUGGAGGUUCCCCUACCUCUGCUACAAGAACGGAGGAGGUGUGUUCUUUAUACCCUACCUGUUGUUCCUGGUGCUGUGCGGCGUCCCCCUGUUCCUCCUGGAGACAUCGCUGGGACAGUACACCAGCCUGGGAGGAGUCAGCGCCUGGAGGACCAUCUGUCCAUUAUUUGGAGGUCUCGGCUACGCCAGCCAGGUGAUGAUCCUGCACGGCUGCGUGUACUACAUCGUCAUCCUGGCCUGGGCUCUCUUCUACCUGUCCUACAGCUUCCAGGCGGUGCUGCCCUGGUCGCACUGUAACAACACGUGGAACACUGAAGCGUGCGUCCUGUUCGACCACUACAACCAGACAGCCAACGGGAGCAGCCUGCCUGAGAACGCCACCUCCCCUGUCAUUGAGUUCUGGGAGCGCGAGGUGCUCCGUCUCUCCAGCAGUUUAGACGAGCUGGGUCCGAUCAGCUGGAAGCUGGCUCUGUGCCUCGCCAUCGUCUGGCUCGUCUGUUACUUCUGUGUCUGGAAGGGAGUGAAGUCCACCGGAAAGGUGGUGUACCUGACGGCCACCUUCCCAUAUGUCAUGCUGUUUGUGCUGCUGGUGCGCGGUGCCACCCUGCCCGGAGCGACCCAGGGCAUCAUCUACUACCUCAAGCCCAACUACACCCGCCUGGCAGACCCGGAGGUAUGGAUGGAUGCAGGUACCCAGAUAUUCUUCUCAUAUGGAAUCGGUUUGGGAAGUCUCACAGCCCUCGGCAGUUACAACAAAUACAACAACGACUGCUAUAGGGACUCUUUCCUCCUGUGCCUCCUGAACAGCGCCACCAGCUUCCUGGCGGGUUUUGCCAUCUUCUCGGUGCUGGGCUUCAUGGCUGAAGAGCAGGGCGUGGACAUCGCCUCCGUGGUGCAGUCAGGGCCCGGCCUUGCCUUCAUUGCCUUCCCGAGGGCGGUAGCCAUGAUGCCCGUCCCCCAGCUCUGGGCCGUCUGCUUCUUCCUCAUGAUCAUCAUGCUGGGGCUGGACACACAGUUUGUGAGUCUGGAGGCCCUGAUGACGUCCAUGACUGACCUGUACCCGCAUCUGAUCCGCCGAGGCCACCGCAGAGAGCUGCUGCUGCUAUUCGUCUGUGUCGUCUGCUUCCUGGUGGGACUGGUCAUGGUCACACCGGGUGGUCUGUAUGUGUUCCAGAUCUACGACCACUUCUCCUGCAGUGGAACCAGCCUGCUGCUUCUCUCCAUCUUCCAGUCUGUCGCUAUCGGCUGGGUCUACGGAGCCGAGCGCUUCAGCGCCAACAUCGAACAUAUGACCGGCUACAGGCCGCUGUCUGUCUUCAAGCUGUGCUGGAAGUACUUGACCCCAGCCGUGUGCACUGCUACCUUUCUGUUUUCCCUGGUGAGCUGGUCUCCGUUGAGCCUGGGGAAAGGCCUGGUCGCUCCAUUCUGGGCCACCACGCUGGGCUGGCUCCUUACUUUCUCCUCCAUCUCCCUGCUUCCCAUCUGGGCCGUCUACGCCCUGGCCACCACCCCGGGAACCCUGCUGCAGCGCUUCCAACGUCUGUGCAGCCCCGCCAAAGGCUCCUCACUGGCGCUCCCCUACAGCCCCGCUCUGCCCCUGACCGAGAAGCCCAAGGACAUCAUCCAGCAUCGUAUGACCCCGUGAUCGCACUCUGUGAGGUCAGGGCGUCUCACUUGGGGAGGAGGUACAAUUUCGGGGAUCAAGAGCCCGUGAGGGUGGCACCUCCAGAGACUCCAGGCCUGAAUCGGGGGGGACACAGCUGACUUUACCCCAUCCCCCAGUUUACCGGUUACUAAAGUCGGCUUAUUCUCAAACACUCAUCGAUCUUGUUAACCUCCUCGGCUUCAAGCGUCUUCUCUUUAUGCACUAGUUGAGUCACUGUACUUGUGAACCAUGUAAUAACAGCCCCUCUAGCCAUCCAAGGCUCAGGACGCAGCUAAAUAACAACACUUGGAUGUUUUGUAUUUUUUGUUUUGCCAGCAUUGAUGACUAAGCUGGCCCUCCACUAUACUCUCUAUGAGAGAUCACUGCAUGCUUCACUUUGACUCUCCACUGAGUAGCCGAUGACUCUGUGAGUCAGACGUGUGUUAUACAGUGAUUUGUCUGGACGUGCAUGUGCUUCACCAUCUGUGAUCGUCAUAUCAUGGAGCUCGAAUGUCUCAAACCCCAUGCCUUACCCUCAGACCAUGUAAUGCGAGAGCUGUAUUGGCAAAACACAACUUUUUUUUUUUCUUUUUCCUGCCAAUGCUUAGCUUGAUCUUCGUCUUCAUCUAAAAGUAGGCAGGAGAGUGGUUUGUGCUUUUUGUUGUUGUUUGUCAUAGUGGCUGAAUCUGAAUUUAUUCGUACAAUAUUGAAAUAUUGCUGCUAAAACACCAAAAUCAUUUUGCGUUUAACUGAAAAUGUUAAAGUAGGUUUUCAGUGAGAAGAUGACGCGACACUCUUGGCAGAGGACGUGGCCGUGUCUUUAACUGUGACAUGCAGAAGAACUCAAACACCAGAAGGAUGAGCAAUGUCUUAGGUGAGCGUGGUCGGUGUUUAACAUGGUUGAAGAUAAAUAGUUCCUUCAAAACAAACUGCUGGUUUUUCCUUGCACUGCCAUUCGGACCUGGAUCAGGUUUUUGAUUGGAGAUGAAUUGAAUGCCCAUCUGCUCAUCUUCGUUUCCAGGUGUAUACACGUGCCUCUUUUUUAUUUUAGUUUCUAUUCUCUAUGUAUCUUUUAUUUCUUUUUUUAUAUGAAUAUAU